GGGGAGGGGAAGGGGGAGCCCUGGGCUGCUGCUAGGGGCUCCCGGAACCAUCGCAUCCCUGCCCGGGGGGUGUCAGCGCUCGGCGCCCGCGGAGUGUGGCCAGCGCUCCCGGUGCUGUAGUUGUUGGGGUCCGCGCCGGGAGACUCCAACAAUGUCCCAUUUCAACAAAGCCGAGCAAGAUGACUGGAUGACUGUUUAUCUGAAGUAUCUCUUGUUUGUGUUUAAUUUCUUCUUCUGGGUGGGUGGUGCUGCAGUGAUGGCUGUUGGCAUAUGGACCCUUGUUGAAAAAAGCGACUAUCUGAAUAUCCUGGCAUCUAGUACAUUUGCCGUGUCUGCAUACAUCCUGAUCUUUGCUGGAGGUCUUGUGAUGAUUACAGGUUUUCUGGGAUUCUGUGCAAUCAUCAGGGAACAAAGGAGCUGUCUUUCCACAUAUUUCUCCAUGCUCCUCUUGAUCUUCCUUAUUGAGCUGGUUGCUGGAGUUCUUGCCUAUGUUUACUAUCAAAGGCUAAGCGAGGAGCUGAAACAGCAUCUGACCCAGACCCUGACUGAGAAUUAUGCUGUUCCUGGGAAAACACACAUCACCCAUUCCAUCGAUCGCCUGCAGCAAGACUUCAAAUGCUGUGGCAGCAAUAGCUCCGCUGAUUGGCAGCACAGUGUCUAUAUCCUGUCUGUAGAGUCCAGUGGCCGAGUGGUACCAGAUAGCUGCUGUAAAACAGUCACCUUCAAAUGUGGGAAGAGGGAUCAUCCAUCUAACAUUUACAAGGUGGAGGGAGGAUGCAUUACUAAACUGGAACAGUUCCUGGCAGAUCACCUUUUGAUAAUGGGAGCUGUUGGCAUAGGAGUAGCUUGCCUUCAGAGCUGUGGGAUGAUUUUUACCUGCUGUCUACACAGAAGAAUUAAAAUGGACUCUUACUGAAGACUAAAAGUCUCCGCUCUCUUUGCCUUAAUGCACAAUCUAGAGAAGCAACAUUUCAACGUGUAUCAGUAUUACCUGUGCAUGCUUAAUGGGCAUAUUUAUAGCCUCCUUCUCUGUUCAUGUUGAUAUGCCUUAAAUCGAGAUGAAUUUUAGCAAGUUCACUGCCUGGAACACUUUCCAAUCCACCUUGAAAUAAUUCUUAACUGAGAAGAGAAAAAAAUAUUUUCUAUUGUUUUUUGGUACAAGAUUUUUUUUUUUUUUUAAAAAGCGUUACUACUCUUAUGCAGUAUGAUUUGUAAGGACAUUCUUUUGUAGCUCCACAAUCUGUAUUGUUCAGUGACAGUGCAUCCGCUGCAUAUUCAUCCCAGAUUUUCUUAGUUUAACAGAAAUAUCUUCAUGACUAUAGGAUAUUUUAACUUGAGCAACUAGCUUUAUUUUUUUAAACGAAGGGAUUUUUUAUAUUUCAGAACUAUGUCAACUUUUUGCUGUUUAGUAUUUUUUUUCAAUCUGUGUCUGUCUCCCUCUCCCUCCAGGUCCAGUUGAGGCUGCACGGCAGUCACAGCACCUUUUGUGUCAGACAGAGAGUAACAGACUGGCCCUCCUGCCAGAGCUGCACCAGGAAUAGCCCAGCAGAGGGCACUAUAUGAGUAGACUGGAUGCAUUUCAACUAGAUUUGAUUUAGAACAGUGGUUCUCAAACUGCAGGUCAUGACCUCGUUUUAAUGGGGUCGCCAGGCCUGGCUUAGACUUUCUGGGGCUUGGGGCCGAAGCCUGAGGUGGGGCCGAAGCCUGGGUGAUGGGGCUCAGGUUACAGGCCCCCUGCCUGGGGCUGAAGCCCUUGGGAUUUGUCUCUGGCCCUCCCGCCUGAGGUGGUGGGGCUUGGGCUCAGGCUUCGGCCCCACCACCUGGGGUCAUGUAGUAAUUUUUAUCAUCAGAAGGGGGUCAUGGUGCAAUGAAGUUUGAAAACCCCUGAUUUAGAAGUAUGUUCAAUUAUAAUUUAGGGCCUCUGGGAAGAUUGUGAGUAGGAGGCAACAGUGGGAGAGUAUCCGCUUUUGCAUUGCUCUUGUUGCUGUUCCAUAUUUGUCUGAAGUGCCUCCGUUAGGACUUUUAGCUUUACUGCUUUAUUGCAGACUACCAGCACAAACCUAACUGAUAAAAGAGGAGAUUUUGUGCCCAGCUUAGGGAUCCUGAUUCAGAGGAGAAAAAUCUCUUUUUAAAAAGGAUUUUGAAAUGCUACACUACAUCAUUCAACUGUUUUCUGUCAUCAGAAUAAGAUGCAUUAUAUCAACUCCACUUAGGUAUAAGGGUUAUUUUGCUAAUAAGCCCUACAGUUACUAAGAACAAAUAAAAAGAAAUAGCAUUAAAAACAAAUCUGAAUUGCUGUCACUUUGCUGUGAUUGCCAAAUUGCUCAGAAACCACUUUGACGAGCACAGGAUGGAUAAAUGAUUAGAUAGGUGGAAUGGGUGCCUAGAUGGAACAGAUGGCUAGACAGAAUAGAUAGAUGGAUGGCGAGAUAGAAUGGAUGGCUAGAGGUGCAAUACAUUUUCUUUCCGAUUCUCUCUUUCAGGACAGUGAAAUUCUUUCAGUAACAAAUGAUUCUGCUGCCACAUAGUUAGUUCUUGAUUACGCAGUUGCAAAAUAGAAGGAAAUCCCCACUUCUUUAUAUGAAUGUAAAUGAUGUAGUGUAGGCAUAGCCUAGGGUUACCACAUUUUGAGCUUCCAAAAGGAGAACACUCCACGGGGCCCCGCCCCCAGCCCCGCCCAUGCCCCGGCCCCAAC